AUGAGUCGCUGGAGGAUUUUGUGAUUACAGUCAAGAAUUUGGCUGAAAGAUGCGAUUUUGGAGAGUUUAAGGAUAGGGCGAUUCGUGACAUGCUUGUCAUUGGAGUGAACGACACUCAGUUACAGAAACGGUUGUGCGAUGAAGAGGAUUUGUCUGCAGCUAAAGCAGAGCGGUUGAUUCUUAAUUCAGAGAUAUCAGCCAGUAGGACGAAACAAUUAAACCACGACGAUGACAGGCGCGUUAGCGUAGUGGCCAGAUUGGGUAACCGAUCUGACGUUUCGCGGUCCAGAAACCGAUUCCGGGGCCGCAGCCGCAGUUUUGAUAGAAACCGAUCUUUUUCGUCUAGGAGUAGAAGCAACGGUAGACAAGACAGUAGAUACCAAAGCAAAAGAGGCGCAAGCUCAGGUAAACCUGUUUACCUUUGUUCCUUUUGUAGAAAAACCGGACAUACGAGGAAAUUUUGUUAUCGUUUGCAUGGAAAAAGCCCGAGUAAGAGUAAAGCCAGUGUAAAAUUCAUAGAUUCUCCAAAACCAUCUUCCAGUUCCAAAAACUCAGGACUAUUUAAGCGACUGAAGAAAGAUUUAAACAAUGAUUCAGACUAUUCUGAUGGCAUGCCUUGCCUCAUGAUCUCGUCAGUCAACAAAAUCAGUGAUCCCUGCUAUGUGGAGGUUUUAAUCAACAGAAAGCGUUUAACCAUGGAGAUCGAUUGUGGGUCAGCGGAGAGCGUAAUUUCAGAGGAGCUGUAUUUGAGAAAUUUUGCGAGCUGUGAACUGCAGCGUUGCAACAAGAAACUUGUUGUAAUUGACGGUAACAAACUGAAGGUUGUUGGAAAAAUUUGCGUUGAUGUACAGCUCGCUGGAAACCGGAAACAACUGACCAUGGUUGUUUUACGCUGCAAUAACGAUUUCAUCCCGCUGGUAGGCCGAACAUGGUUGGACGAAUUCUAUUCCGGAUGGCGAAACACUUUUACCAACCCUCCUUUGACAGUCGGGAACAUUGACGUGGCUGACGAGCAAACAGUUAUUGAUGAAGUAAAGAAUUUCUCUUGGGGGAAGGAUAGUGUUGGCGCAUAAGCGUCAGCUUAAACUAUCUUUUAACUCUCGUCGUAAGGGAACCCUAAUUUUCCCACAUGAGAGUGAGGCAAUCCUUAUGCCCGAUCCAGCACCCAUUUUGUCACCAGAAAGAAAUCCAGAAGCAGCACCAGUUUCGUCAUCUAUAGAAGCACCAUUUUUGUCGUCGUCAUCGAAUGUUUUGUCACCGACUUUAAGAAGAAAUAGUAGUGAAUUACAAAGAAGAAGUAAGAGGAGACGGGAAGAAGAAGAUCCCGAAUCCGACGAGCAAUCUACUCAAGAUUUCGAAUUUUAUGGCUACCCAGCCGAUUCUUUCAUUUUCUCAAGCGUAGAAACUCAAGAAGAUUUACAGCAUGAAGAAGAACAAGAUCCACUCCCAGUGGUUCCGAUUAGGCGUUCUAAAAGAAGAAAUAAGAAAAGAAGGAAAAGUGAUUUUGUCUACUAUUCGUAGAAUCGAACUAAUUAGUGAAUUUUCAAAUUGUAUAAAUGUAUAGUUCUGUUGUAUAUAGUUAAGCAUAAAUAUUGUGCAUUCGAGUAAUGAAGUUUUAGAUAAAUGAAUUUGUGUUGUAAAUAUUUUGAAAUUUAAUGAAUUAGUUUUUUACUAAAGGAUGGAGGAGUUGUGGUAACCCUAUGCGAACGCUUGAGAACUCGCUCAGAGAAGCGAGAUAGUAGAAAGAGAGAAAGGGAAAUUUAGGAGAUAUUCAGAAUUGUACCGAGUAGGAGAAAUAUACUACGAUCAGAAGUUUUGUGACAACCAACCGAACAAGACGUAUUUUAUUCAAAGUCUGUAAGAACAGAAGUCUUUGUCCUCCCACUUUACUAGAUUGUUCAUUUACAUGGACUUAGUCUCUGGUGGAGAUCCGGAAAAACUGUUUUUCGAUACAAUUUCAGUAAAACGGUAAUUAGACGAUUGGUUUUGUUGUAGUAGAACUGAUGAUAAUCGAUAUUUCCGUAUCAUUAUGGUUUCGGGACGGAAAACGUAAAUUUAAUUUUCGCCGCUGGUUAAAAAUUCUAACACCUUGUAAACGAGCUCGCUGAACUGUCAGACAAAGUGAGGUUAGAUCAGGUACUUGCAGUGGAAAUCUGAACA